UUCGCUAGGUGGAGGCAGGAUUUCAUGUGUAGUGUUGUGGCACACUAUUUUCCUUUGCUUUGUUCAACCAUUCUCACUUACUUUGUGGACGGAGAAACCAAUGCCAAUGUGCAAGCAGAUUUUAAAAAUGUUCCCAUUUCUUGUUGUCUGAGAAUUGAGAAGAAAAGAAAAGAGACACCAAAAUGAUUCCUCAAUCUCUCCACAACCCACCUUCCAUCACCUUCUCAACCCCAUCCCCUAAACGUCACCGUUUCCCUCCAAGUCGGAGAAUCCGAUGCGACGCCUCGUCGGUGUCGUUGGAGCACAAGGUUGGGCCUCAGCCCGGUGGGCUGGGCCCGCACACGGGGCGAGACCCAAAUGUGAAGAAGCCGGAGUGGUUGAGGCAGAAGGCUCCUCAGGGCGAAAGGUUCCAAGAGAUUAAGGGAUCCUUGUCCCAUUUGAAGCUCAACACUGUUUGCGAGGAGGCACAGUGCCCCAACAUAGGAGAGUGUUGGAAUGGAGGUGGAGAUGGUAUUGCAACUGCCACAAUCAUGCUUCUUGGGGAUACUUGCACCCGUGGAUGUAGGUUUUGUGCUGUGAAGACCAGCAGAAACCCUCCACCUCCUGAUCCCAUGGAACCGGAAAAUACUGCCAAGGCCAUUGCAAGUUGGGGUGUGGAUUAUAUUGUCCUAACUAGUGUGGAUCGUGAUGAUAUACCUGAUGGAGGAAGUGGCCAUUUUGCUCAGACUGUCAAAGCCAUGAAGAAUCUCAAACCUGAGAUCAUGGUUGAGUGUUUAACCUCUGAUUUUCGAGGUGAUUUGAAGGCUGUAGAAACUCUCGUUCACUCAGGUUUAGAUGUCUUUGCUCACAACAUUGAGACAGUCAAACGCCUCCAAAGAAUUGUUAGAGAUCCAAGGGCAGGGUAUGAGCAAAGCUUGUCAGUUCUAAAACAUGCAAAACAGAGCAAGGAGGGUAUGAUAACAAAAACUUCUAUAAUGUUGGGCCUUGGAGAAUCUGAUGAUGAGGUGAAGCAAGCAAUGGCUGAUUUAAGGGCCAUCAAUGUUGAUAUUCUGACAUUUGGUCAAUAUUUGCAGCCAACACCCUUGCACUUAACUGUUAAAGAGUACGUCACUCCUGAGAAGUUUGCUUUCUGGAAGGAAUAUGGGGAAUCUAUUGGUUUCCGAUAUGUUGCUAGCGGUCCACUGGUGCGAUCAUCAUACAGGGCUGGGGAGCUGUUUGUUCAGACAAUGAUACGAGAAAAGGCCAAAAAUGCUGGUGACUGCUUAUGAUCUUUGGUUCUGCGCUUAUGUAUAUUAGGCAACAAACAAUUGACGAGGUUUUAGCAUAUGCAUUGUUGCGGAGGAAAAUGGUUAGGUGUGGAGAGAAAAUUCAAUACUUUUGAAGCUUUACGUAUUCUUUGUAACUGCAAUGUUUAUUAAUUUAAAUUCUUUAGUAAAUAACUGAGAAUAUACGUAAGUUGCAUUGAGAGUAAGAAAGAACAAAAAAUUCGAAAUGCCAUAACACGAGAAUAAUAGUUGAUUUACUUCAAGGAGGGUGUUUCUCUUAUUUGCAUUUUGUUUGUUAGUGGCAAUAGCUUUUUUGGAUUGGUUACUCUUGUUUCUAUUUUAUUAUUUGAUAAAAUUAUGUGUAAGAAAAAUACAAGAUAUUCACUAUCUUCAUUUUGGAGACUUACUAGUCGCUA